AUUUAUUUUCGGGACCGUGUGUUAAAAAUGUUAGACGAAUGCACAUUUUUGCUUUUGCAGCCUCGUAAAUCUCGUUCGUAAAUGCAGACCAUUUCGCACUAGCAAUCCAGUCUCCAAUGAAUAUAUUUAAUCUCGGGCGCGUUUGCUCUGCGUGGAAGUGUGCGAGUGUUUUGGAAACAUCAGCGAGUCCGUGAGUGGGAGGAGGAAGCUGAGACCCGUUUUCCCAUAUUGAAUUUUAAACCUUUAUUGCCGGAGAAGGAAUAUACAAUCCUAAACAACAAGCAACAUGUUAAUCUGCGAGAGAUUAACGUUAAUAACAAUAUUUUUCAUUUUAUAUUCUUAACGCUUGCAGCAUGGCUUGACGACGAUGUUCGGACGGUGCUUGAUUUUAGGCCUGGCUUUCAAUCUGGAAAUUUCUUGUCCAGGGAAGCAAUAGCCAUCGUUUUGCAGUCUAUCAAACACGCUAGCUAUCGGAGCUCACAUAGCUAACGCUAGCAAUUUCGCUGCCUCCGCUCACCACAACGAUGCGGACUAUAUCAAUAAGUCUUGGAUGUCCGAUAUGAUCAUUGGAUGACCGAUGUAAUUCCAGCUUUCAGCAUUUCGGCAUCUCAAACGAGAUCGUGUAUGGGAUUGUUGGCUAGCAAACUAGCUACCUAGCUAUCUCGCCUUAACUCGCGGAUCUACGCAAAUAUGAAUUGGAGGCGGCUGCUGCGGAUGUCCAACCGCUCGUUCCUGGCCUUCAUCUUCUUCUUCUCCAUGUCUACAUCUUGCCUUUAUUUCAUUUAUGUUGCCCCUGGAAUAGCCAACACCUACUACUUCAUGGUCCAAGCCCAGGGCAUGAUGCUCAGGGACAACGUCCGGACGAUCGGUCACAUGAUCAGAUCGUACACCAAUAAGAACAGCACGCUGAACGGCACCGAUUACCCUGACGGCAGUAACUCCAGCGAAUUCAUCGUUCACCCCACCGCAUAUCUCCCCGAAAAUUUCACCAUUGCACGCGAUCUCCCGUGCCCCGAGAAACUACCUUCUAUGAAGGGUCACAUCGAUGUGAACAUGACUGAGAUCCCCAUGGAGGAGAUCCAGCUUAGAUUUUCCCAGCACCUGAACGUCCAGUCUGGGGGACACUGGAAACCUCGCGACUGCAGGCCCCGUUGGAAGGUGGCUGUUCUCAUUCCCUUUCGAAACCGUCACGAGCACCUGCCGAUCCUGUUCCAGCACCUCACCCCCAUGCUGCAGAGGCAGCGCCUGCAGUUUGCGUUCUACGUCAUCGAGCAGACCGGCACCCAACCCUUUAACCGGGCCAUGCUGUUCAACGUGGGCUUCAAGGAGGCCAUGAAGGACCUGGACUGGGACUGCCUGGUCUUCCACGACGUGGACCACAUCCCCGAGAACGACCGCAACUACUACGGCUGCGGGCAGAUGCCCCGGCACUUCGCCGCCAAGCUCGACAAAUACAUGUACAUUCUUCCCUACAGCGAGUUCUUCGGAGGCGUGAGCGGUCUCACCGUGGAGCAGUUCCGGAAGAUCAAUGGAUUUCCCAAUGCAUUCUGGGGCUGGGGAGGGGAGGAUGACGACCUCUGGAACAGAGUGCACUACGCUGGUUUUAACGUGAGCCGGCCGGAGGGGGACGUGGGAAGGUACAAGUCCAUCCCGCACCACCAUCGGGGGGAAGUGCAGUUUUUGGGCAGGUACAAGUUGCUGAGGUACUCCAAAGAGAGGCAGCACCUCGAUGGUUUGAACAACCUGAAGUACACGCCUGAGGUCACUCUGAGCGGCCUGUACAAAAACAUCACCGUCGACCUGUCUCCGGAGCUGGCGCCUGUGGAAGACUACUGAGCGUGUCCAUCGUCGUCCGCGCGCGGGAUUUACGAACCUUUGCGCCUGGUCCGCUGUGACCUUUUGAAGGAAGCCUUGACGUAGGGCACUGUUAACUGGAACUGUAAGGGUGUGCUGCCAAGUUACUGUUAUCCUCAGGAAGGAUUCUGCUGGAGGGAAAAAUCUAUGGUGUGUGGUUGUGUGUGUGUGUGUGUGUGUGUGUGUGUCCUGGCAACAAAUUCUACAUAUUUCAAAUGGAAGGAGUGAUGGCCUCAAGAACUAUGGUGUCCACAGCAAACCCUUAAAUGCAUUUAGGCUCUAGACUGCAUUUUGUAACUUAUUUUGAAUUUUGUUCAUAAAACAUUUCACGCUUAUCUCCAUCACGUUUUUGUCCUAACGUAUUUCUACGCAUAUCUAUUUUAUUUUCUUUUUUUUUUUUGUUCCUAAGGGCAAAGAGGAAAAAGUUCAAGAUUUGUACAACAUAGGUCUGAUGUAAAUUUACAAAGAAACAUUUUGUGUAAGUUAAGCUUCACGAGCACUCCUGUUGGUACUGUAUGUAUGAUAAUAGGCGUUUUCCAGUCCUUCGGCUGUAUAUUGUACCGUACCGGUGAGGCCAUUCGCAUGAAUGCAACAUGUAAAUACUGCCAUUUAAAAUUUGUCUAGCAUAUUGGAAUUAUUAUGAAGUGUGUUCUACGAAAUCUUGUUUUGGCAGCUGUACCUUUGCCCCCCCACCCCACCCACCCUUUCAUGUAUGGCUGAUAAAAUGAUGGGCUUUCUGUACAGGAAGUCUAAUUCAUAAACACAAUGUGCACCGAACAUUUGAAGGAAAAUAUUUUUUGGUUGACGGUACUUUCUGCAUGCCUUAAUUUAUUUUGUUACUAGGGAAAUAAAAUAAUUUUUUGUAAAAAAA